UAUUGUGGUAAUCACAGCUAGCUUUAAUAAAUUUAAAUAUUUCAAUGAAUAGUACACUUAUAUCAAUUUAGCUGCAAAUAUAUAUAUAUUUUUUUGCAAAAUAAACAAAUUUGUUCAGCAAUAACAAUGAUUCGGUGGCUGAUUUUAAUUCUUGUUUUAACAGUGAAUAAUGUAAAUUCCAAAUAUGCUACACCAUGCCUUAUCUCAGACCAACAAACUGGAAUUUGUAUGCCAGUUAAAUCAUGCAAAAGAAUUUAUGAUUUUUUUACGCGAAUCAGCCAAAAUGGUGGCAAUAUUUCGGAACAUGAAAAAUCGAAAUUAGCCUCAUUAUAUUGUGGUACAUUUAACAAUGAUCCACACGUUUGCUGUAAAAAGGAGGAAAUUCAAUUAAAUGCUGAGGGUUUGAAUAUUUUAAAAAAUCAAACAUGUGGAAUUUAUUUCAUAAAUACUGUAGCAAAUGGACAAAAUGCAUCUCUAUUUCAAUAUCCAUGGAUGGCUUUGUUAAAAUAUGAAGGCCAGAGCGAUCCCUUCAAAUGCGGAGGCACCUUAAUAAGUGAUCAAUAUGUUUUAACAGCAGCCCAUUGUGUUAAGGGGAAAGAGGAUGUACUAAAAACCGUUCGUUUAGGAGAAUUUCAGAUAAGCACUGAGAUCGAUUGCACAAAUGUUAGGCGAAAAAAUCAAUGUGCUCCACCCGUAGAGGAUGUUGAAAUUGAAGAAUUGAUAAUGCAUGAAAAUUAUCAGGGUAUAUACCAUGAUAUAGCACUUAUUAGAUUAAAGCAUAAAGUGGAAUUUAAACGUCACAUCAAACCAAUUUGUCUUCCAAUUUAUGAUUACUCACGUACACAGGAUCAUGACAACUAUGUUAUAACUGGCUGGGGCAAAACAGAAAAUGGUAAAACAUCCGAUAUUUUAUUGAAUGCUUUUGUACCCAAAGUUAAUCGUAGGUUGUGUCAAAAUCAGUUGAGUAUAUAUAAUUUACGACAUCCCUUAAAUGAUGGUCACAUAUGUGCUGGUGGCAGAAAUUUGAUUGAUACAUGCCGUGGCGAUUCUGGUGGACCUUUGCUUUAUCGAGAUUUUUAUGAGAAACGGCCUCGUAUCAUACAAUUUGGUAUAGUUUCUAUUGGAUUGCGUAAUUGUGGAGUUGUCAAUGUACCCGGUAUUUAUACAAAUGUUUCGCAUUACAUGCAGUGGAUAACAGAUAAUUUGAAAGAAAAUUCUGGAAAAACGGUUGGCAAAGAUUAGUUCAAGGUGAGGCAUAUAUUCAUGAGACCAGUACUAUAUCUAUAUUGGCUAAAUUUUAAAAACAUUUAACGUCUAAGUUGCUGUAUAUUAUAAAAUUAUACAAAAUACCAAAGAAAAUAAAAAAAAAAAUUAAUAUGUA